GCCCUCAGUCGCCGCUGUUACUCACCCUAUCUGCUUCUGGAAACACUUUGAGAGAGACCACUCAUCAUGUCCCCGACUCUGCGAGCACAUCUCUUCUUCGUUCUCAUCUCCCUCUCUUUAAAGAUGGGGCUCAGCCGCUACGUGGAGGACAUCAACUCAUCAGAUGGAUUAUAUUCUCUGCUGAGUAUGGAGAAGAAAAGAGAUUCCGAGGAUUUUGUUUACCGCCGACCCCUUAGAUGCAUGGACAUGCUGGCCACUGAUGGCCACUUCACCUUUGUUGCGUCUCGACCACAACUGGCCUGCGCUACUUUCAUAAUUGCUGAGCCAAGUGAGGUCAUCAGUCUGGAGCUCUCUGACGUCAGUAUUGACUGCAGCGCUGGAGAUUUCAUUAAGACAUUUGAUGGCUGGGUUCUGAAGGGAGAGAAGUUCCCCAGCAGUGAGGACCAUCAGCUUCCUGUGCGCCAACGCUACAGAGACUUCUGCUCCAAUCCUGAGACAGAGACCACCAGCCGCUCCUCCCAGAACGUGGCAAUGGUCUUCUUUCGCCUUCAAACCCCUGGCAGUGGCUUCACCCUCUCUGUCAAAAAGCUACACAACUUGUUUCCCUGUAACAUCAUGUCUCAGAAUCCGGAGGGCGACUUUACCAUGGUGAUUCCCCACCAGCGCCGAAACUGCAGUUUCUCCAUCAUCUACCCAGUGGAGAUCAAACUGACUGGACUGAGUCUGGGGGAAGCCAAGAGAAAUGACCUCAUCCCACAGAAACAGCUGUGGUCUGGCUGCUCUGGAUCAGGUGACUACGUGGAGCUGCUUGGAGGUAAUGGAGUCGAUACGUCCAGAAUGUACCCCGUGGCCGACCUGUGUUACUCCCUCAGAGGACUGGCCCAGAUGAAGAUUGGUUGUGAUAAUUCUGUGGUGAGGCUGGUGUCUAGUGGGAACUAUAUAAACCAGGUGUCCUUCCAGUACCGACUACUGGAUCAUCACGAGCUCCCCAAAUCCCAGGAGAACAGUCUGGAUAACUUCUGCACUGUGGAAUGAGACCUGACACAAAUACACACAUACGGAUAUGCAGAGAUAUCACACAGCUUUUUGUUGCUUUGUAACUGCACCAUGUGAAAUAAAGAUGUCCAAAGUGAUGACAUUAUUAAUGUUUUUUUUCUUUGGUUUUUGACCAUUUUUUAUUCAUCUAUUUAUUUGAAUAAUUGUUUUAUUCAUUGUAGAAAUCUAUUAUUCUUCUCAGAUGUAGAUGUUGGAGUCUGUGUUUGUUCUCCAAGUCUGUGCUUCAUUAAAUCUCUUGGUGAGAGCAGCCAUCAUGUUUCAGUUGGUUCUCUUCUCUGCUGUUUCAUGUUUCAACUUUGUUAAUUGUAAAAUAAACACAUUAUACUUGCAUUGUGAA